AUGCGGGCAAACUCUAUAAAAUCUCAAAUCAGUGAUUUAAACUUAGAGAUUACUGAAGAAGAUAUUAAACAUAAAAUAAAAACGAUAAGGACCCGGUAUACAACAGAAUUAACCAAAAUAAAGCAGUCUACUAAAAGCGGUUGCUCUUCUGACGAUGUCUAUGUACCGACCCUGUACUGGUUUAAACAUGCAGAAUUUUUAAGCAGUGUAUGCGUCCCACGGCAGAGUACAUCAAGUCUCGAUGCACCACAGACUCAAAAUGAAGACUCUGCUGAAUCUGAGCAGACUCAAGCUGGCAGUGAGGAACAGAAGACGCCAAAUUCUGAGAUUAGUAGGAAUGGAAGUAGUGAACUGAUGACUCCUUCAUAUUCUCGAAAGCCAACAAACAAGAAAAGGAAGAUUGAUAUACCGAUUGAUAGAGCAAUUAAAGAAUUAAAAACUAUAAGCGAGCAGCCAAAGUCCAAACUGAAGAUGAGUUUGAUUUGUUUUGCAAAAGUUUGGCAGUACAACUCAAGAAAAUGCCCUUGA